AAUAUAUAUUUCAUUUAUUAGUAAUACAUAUGAGCAGUUGUAAUAUAUAUACUGUUGUAUCAAAAUGCAUAACUUCAUAGUCUUAGCGUUGCUUUUACCCAUGGUUGUCUUGGAAGUAUCAUCUCGGUGUUGUGGACGAGGUAGACAUGGACGUUGCAACGACUGCGCCCAAGUAGGCUUGUUUAAAUACAGAAAAUGUUGCGGAAGUGGGAGCGGAUAUGGAUAUGGAUGCAACAUAUUUUGCUGCAGAUGUGGGUCGUGCAGGAGGGGUCAUCCUCAUUUUGUAAAGUUGUAUGGAUUUUGGGCAAGUGCAAGGUAUAGAUGUACAAAACUCUAUAACUCUGAGGAAAACAAUAAUGCUGAGAUGGAUGCUCUCAAAGAUACAUGGGAAACUUUCAACGCAAUAGAUCAAGAUGGAGACUCAGUGAUCAAUCCAGACGAAUUCUUGAAUGCCAUAAAAUCUCGUCUUUCGAAUGAAGAAGCUCAUCUACUUGCUUCCGACCUUCUGAAGUCAGACGACACCGAUGAAAUCAUGUCUUUCAUCGAUGCUUUCAAUGAAAGGGAAGUAAUGGAAGCAGAUGAAAAUGCGCAUAAUGAUAUUUUAUUCAUACUUGCUCGAGAAUUCAACGAAAUGGAUAAAAACGACGAUAGGCUUAUCCAGGCUGCUGAAUUCGAUGAAGAUUUAAAAUAAAUUCUACAUUUAAAUCAAUGUAAGGACUGACGUGGGAAAAUAUAAAUAAUAUAAAAAGUAAAGAUUUUGUAAAAAAAAAUUGAGGAAUAAUCGAAUUUUAUCUAGAUUUAAUACAACAUCACUAGUGACUAAAGUCUGAAAAUCCGUUUUUUAUACUGAGUCAAACAAGUUUACAUUAUGUUUACGUUAUCUUCUCGCUUUUAACAAAUUUUGAAGCUAAAUAAUAUUACUGUAUUGGGAAUUUCUAUUAUUAUUACAUGAAAUAAAGAUAUAUUAAUAUGAAGUAAAUUUUUGCUGUGAAUUUGUCAUGUUACUCAUUCUCAUGAAAAUUUUAAUGUUGAAAUUCUAAAAAUACUUGCUUUAAAAUUGGUCCAACUAUUGAAUUGUAGAUCUACAUCGUUUCUUGGUGGAAAUUGCCGCCUAAUAACAUUCAUUGAUUUGAAUUUUAUUACAUAGCAAAAGCGAUUAAUAGCAGUCGCGUCCCAACGUUCUUUCAGUUGUCAUCGUCAAAACCUGCUGCCAUCUGCAAUCCUUCAUAAGCUGGACUCAUAAUCAUUUACUCACAAACUUUUAGUGUCAGUUGGAAGAGCAAUACUGUGCUGGAAUUCGAGUCAGAAAUAACAAUCACUAAAUGUUGGUAGUAACAUACUAACCUAAGUCAAAACUUCGGCAACUGGCGACAGUUUAAAUUUAUACUGUAUACCAGUGGUUCCUAACCUUUCUGAGCCUGCCGAACCCCUGCGAUUUUCUACAAGCUCCCGUCGAAUCACAUCGUACUGAACGGUUGAAAUUAGGGUCCCAAUUCUAACUUUAUAAAAAGGGAAGCUAUUUCGUGCAAGGUUAUAGAAAAUGAACAUUGUGGUGUGACCUUAGGGACCAACACCCCGCGAGGAUAUAGCCAUUGUUUAUUCACAAUAGUGUCGACGACAGGGGAAGAAAUGGCGAAAAACUGAUAAAAAAAAAAAUGGCAACUUCAAAAAUCCAAAAAAGGAUAAUAUGCCUCAAAAACGUUGGAAGUUCAAGUCAACUUGAUUGAAAUGCGGAUAAAAGUGCUUUCCACUUGUUUUAUUUUACAGAAAUAGAGAUAGGAUUUGACUUGGCUUCAUAUCGAAGUUGUCCAGAACGAAUGAUGAUAAUUUUAAGCAAAGCUCUGCUAUGAAGUAUUCUUUGUCGCAAAUGUAUCACUUAGUAAAAUUUAGACACAAUCUGAUUUUGCAUUCAUUUAUGUACAUUCAGUGCCAAUCUUCGAAUUAAACCGUAAAACUGCUCUUAAUAAUGUCAUUAGUACGGUCAGUUAUGAAUAAGGUUCACGCAAAAUCUCAAGCUUAAAGAUCUUCGGUUCUUCGGCAGAUCUUCUAACAACCCAAGAUAUUUUAAAGCCUUAAGCAGAAAGCAUCUAAGAGCGCUAUCAUAUUUAAGUACACACACCCAAGCGUACGACAUCUAGAUAUUAGUUUUCAAUGGAAUGUACUGGUAACUAGAAUCUAAGGACUAGAAUAACCGAACCCCAGGGGUUGUAUUGAACCCAGAUUAAGAACCACUGCAGUCUGUACGCAGUGUCACGCAUUGUUACAUCAGUCUAUAAUGAGUCAAAAAGACGGCGUAGUUGGGAGUCGUGAUGUUUUUUAGUUUCUGGAAUAAACGCCGUUUAGAUCACCAAACAUUGGUCGCCGCCGGGGUUAUAAUUAACUCAAAUUCUUACUUAGAAAUAUGUUUCACAGCAAAUUGGUAUAGUUAAGUGCUAUGUCAGAGUAUGGCGAGCAUUUCUCUUUUUUUCAUUCUUUAAGGAAAUUGGCUUAAAAUAAGGUCACGC